UCGAACACAAAAUAUGCGGUCGAACGUCCGGAAAACCACCAUGUAAAUCCACAGGAACAAAAUUUAUCGUAAAUAGUGAUCCUGGUUGCCUAAGAUAUGUACAUGCGUACAUUUAUCAAGAUAAAAUGGGUUAUGCCGUAUGCUGAUUUUACCAAACAACAAAUCAAACUUUAUUACUGACGUUAUAAUUGUUUUGUUAAAGGUCAGGAAAUUAAAUUUAAGAUACAUAAAAAACUCUUAUUUUCAUAUUUUGCGAUGUGUCAAACAUUUAAUCAAAACAGCUGAGUGACAAGUGGGUGGUUUUCAGUUUGGGGAGGUUAGAAAUGAAAAUAAGAAUUUAACUCAAAUUGAAAACGACUCGGGAACUUCUUAAAAAUUAAGUCCCUGAUUAGUAGUAAUUAAAUUAUUUGAAAUAAGCUUAUAAUAAAUUAAUGAUUAAUAAAAAUGGCUCAAUGUAAGCAAACACCGCAAGAAUUUAUUAAAUCUGCUUUCACGCCUUUGAUUGCCGUUAUGUGUACACCAGAAGCAGAAAAAUGUUGUGAAAAAAAUAAUUUGGAUUUUGUAGAGUUGCUUCAACCCUUUUCGAAGUUAACUGCUGAAACCAGUUAUAAAGAUCCAAAUGGUGCUGUUGUGGUAAUCAAAAACUUGAAACUAACAUUUUUAGACAUGAAAGUAAGACCUCCACAUCCUGCCAUGGCAAGAAAACUAUUAAAUUCAUCUGUCAGUGACAUAAUUGUACCAAAAGAUACAUUAUUUGAAGCUAAAGAAUAUAAACUCAAUAUACCUUCUUCCACACCUUGGUAUGAAUGUUGGCGAGAUACAUACUUUAAAGUUCAAUAUCACUCCGAUCAUGAAUUCACUAAGCAUUUCCUAGCGUGUCUGCUAGUGGUAUCUUCAUCAGACAAAAAUCCGGUUGAAGUUAUGGUUCAAUUAGCCCAAAAUCUAAAUCAAAUACAAAGCAGUCCAGUUCAAGGAUCACUGCCAAAAUGGUUUAAUGCUAAUAUACUUAAAUACUAUGUUAUGGUUCAUGACAACAUUGAAGGAGAUUUUAAUAGGGCACAUGAAGCUUUUGAAUCAUUAAAAACAUCAUACGGAGUAAACAAUUGCUUUUUAUUGCGGAUGAAUUCAAGACCUCCAGGAAUUGUACAACAAGAGCACAUGGUCGAUCCCUGGAGUCAAUUUUUAAGCAGCCAAAUUGAUACCAAAACAUACAGUACAACACCAGAAAGCUCACCAAGUACCCAUAGACAUAUCUCUCUAGAAAUAGGACAAGAAGCAAAUGAAACCAGAAGCCUUAAUUAUCACCCUCUUAGUACAGAGGUGGAUGACAUAAUGAAUGAUUCCAGUAGCGAUAAAGAUGAAAUUAUACCAAACAAGACAAAGCAGUUGCAGUCCCAUGGAACUUAUUUAUCAGCUGAGGAUGUGGAGCAAGUGAAAACCCUAAUAUUUGGAUUUGUUAAAUAUUGUUUGUUACCAUAUGUGGAAAAACAAAUCCUAAUUUUAAACGACGCUGUUUCAAUUAAGAAAGGAGUAAGCAAAUCAUUAUUCAGUGCUACCAAAAGAUGGUUUAGUGCAAACAAACCUGGUGCUAGUGCUGUGGCAGUGAACAACUUAAUUUAUUCCAAUGACUCCCCCGAAUUGCAAAUUCGAAGACUAGGUGAUUUGUAUUUUAUGUUUGGGAAUUACUUAUCCGCCUUUCAAGCGUAUCAUUUGGCUAAGAGAGAUUACAAUGCAGAUCAAGCGUGGCUGUAUUAUGCUGGAGCGUUGGAAAUGGCCGCUCUGUCCGCUUUUAUGGCGAAUGAAUCCUCAAGGAAAACUUUCGACUAUAUGGAAGAGAGUAUUACAACUUAUUUAAACACUUGCAAAAUGCCGCAUUUUGCGACAAGGGCAACCAUCUUAAGCUUAGAAUGUUUGAAAGCAAAAAGCAUGUAUGGUGAAGCCGCACACCAAUUAAUAAGAAUGACCAGCGAGGAUUCAGAUUUGAGAUCGGCGUUGCUGCUGGAGCAAGCGGCUUAUUGUUUCCUUCUUUCGAAUAUGCUGAGAAAAUAUGCCUUCCAUAUGGUUUUAGGAGGUCAUAGGUUUUCUAAAGCUGCCCAAAAGAAACAUUCUUUGAGGUGUUAUAGGCAGGCUUAUCGGAUUUAUGAGAAUACGGGAUGGGAUUUGGCGACAGAUCAUAUUCAUUAUACGAUCGGACGUCAAGCUAAUAACUUGCAACAAUUUGGAGAAGCUGUGGAGUCAUUCUCCAAACUUCUUCACGGCGGAAGUAAGCAAACAGCUCUACAACAAGCGGUUUUUUUAAAAGAGUACCUAACAAUUUUGGAGAGUAAAUUAAACAGGGAUGAAGAUGAGUCCUAUCCGUCAUUGCCCAUUCCGGAAUUAAAUGCUUCAUCUAUAAAAGUACUCUUGGGUCCUACCAAACCUCUAUCGACUCCAGGAAAGGUAUCCGCUUCGGGUGUUAAUUUUAAUAGUUCUAGAAACAGGGAGGAGUUAGAUAAAUGGCAUAAAUUGGAAGAAAUGUUAGUAGCCGAGGCCAGUGGUUCUACGCCGUUAAUAUUUAAACCGACAAUCACUUUAUAUAUGGCCAAUGCGCUGGAAAAAACCACGCCUACGGCUAUAAUUAAUGAACCAAUUCAAGUAUCGAUCCAAUUGGUAAAUGUUCUUCAAACGGUUUUGGUAUUGCAAAAUAUUUAUCUUCUUUGGGCACAUGAAAAUGACAAUAAGAAGACAAACAAUAAUAUUUCCAACGAAUCCGCGGACAAAUGCGUGAAGACUUAUAUAACCAAAUCAUUGGUAAUUCAAGCGAAUUCGACACAAGAUUUGAUACUUUCUUUAAUGCCUCUCGCUGUGGGUAAUUUGACGAUAUCUGGGGUGUGUUACACAUUGUCUGGUUCCGAAACUCUCUCCAUUAAAGGUGCAAAAGUGCUGAACGUUUCCAGUAGCACCAACAACAUUAAGCCCAUCGAUAUGAAAAUUGUACCAUUUGCACCUUGCUUGCAGAUGACAUUUUCCGAAAUAAAUUUGGAAUUUUUGGCUGGUCAGAUAGAAAGGAUCGCAGUCGAUUUGCAAAAUAUGGGAUCGGUACCUAUUAAAAAUAUCUUAUUAGCCACGUCGGUGCCUCAUCUAGUAAGCAAAUGCGAUUUCCAAUCGGAGGUGAACGUUUUUAUCGAACAAAAGGAUAUAGCACCAGCGGGUAAAGAGAAAUUGGCAAGGAAAAAUCACGUUACUUUUAUACCUCUUAGCAACAAUAUAUUAAAAAGUGGUGAGAGAACGAUUUUUCAUUUGUAUAUUAAAGCUCCACCAGUUAAAGGUCCCGCUUCAAUAGACGUACUUAUUUACUAUGAAAAUGUUAAUGAAAACGGAGUUCCCAGGUAUCGACUUAUUAGGCAUAGCUGGAAAAUAUUAGUACAAGAAUCUAUAACGAUAGAUAUGUUUUCGCAAACUAGUUAUAAUUCCGUUACAGAAGAAGAGCUGGCCUUAGCUUUGAAAGUAACGAAUCUGAAUAACGUCCAUAACUAUUCGAUUUCAACCGAAAUAACGCUAAGUAGUGUUGUGAUGAUAAGUAAAAAUUGGGUUUUGUUUAAAGACAUAGUGACCCCGAAAUAUAUUAAUCUAAAUUCACGCGAAUCGGCGCAUAUUUUGUUUAAAGCAACCAGAAGACCUCACAAGGAAAGCCAUUAUUCCCUCAUUCGUUUAAGUUCGGAUAAAGCAUUAUCCACACAUUUACAGAAAGCUUAUAUGGCUUUCGCCAGGAAAGCGGAGAAACCUUUAGUGAAUAUUUUCGAAGAUCACACAAGCAAAUGCAAUGAUGACGGCAUCUUGUCUUUGGAGUGGCAAGCCUUGGUUUACGAUGCUUCCAAUCGCAGAAUCGUACAUGGACAUACCACUAUGCCACUGGAAGUGAAUAGGAGUGACGAUAAUCAGAUACGACUGGAUAAACUAAUUUCCGAUACUAUUAUCGAUAUAAAUAUUCCCAAGGAGUUUGAUUCGCGCUCUGAAAACUCCCAGAAACAAGUAACUUACAACUUGAUUCAUCCGUCAAUCGUCGCACAUAACUUCGGGAAACAAAAAACUUGCAUUGUCCCAGUGACCCUAGUCCUCCAUAGUAUCGUCGAUAGAGCCGUUUCCGUUACUGUAAAUACCGUCGAAUGCAGUGCCAAACCAGUAGGCUCGCUUUCUCCUGUUGGAUUGAGAAAUUUAUGUUGGCUGGCCAGUGGGAAAAUAAUGAGAACAUUAAACCCAUUGACUACCACUUCGGUUCAACUCUCUGUGAUAGUGACUAGCCCCGGUACUUUUGAUUUAGGUGCUAAUUUAGAAAUUUUCUGUAAUGGGGUUAGUGACGAAGUUCCCGUGUUGCAGUCCUGUGUAAUACAUUCAACCUUAAUAAUCCAGGAUACCAUUAGUUAAUAUUUUUAUAAGUUUUGUGAAAUAUGUACAUUUCUUCCUGAUAGCGUAGACUUUAA